AUGACAACAAACGGGGAACUAGUAGUCGAAGACUCCGAUGUCCGUCUUCUUCGAGAAAUGGGUUACACGCAAGAACUCUACCGUGGCUUUUCUCCAUUUAUGUCAUUUGCCUUCUGCUUCACUACUGUCAAUGUUUUCAUAUCGAUUACAAUCGGAUUUACUUAUUCGUUGAACACUGGUGGAUCAGGUGUGACCAUUUGGUCAUGGAUCAUUGGAGCUAUAUUUACCAUUCUCAUCGGUCUCUCUUUGGCUGAAAUAUGUUCUGUGUAUCCGAGUGCCGGAUCUGUCUAUCACUGGGCAGGUCAGUUAGUUUCCGCCAAGCAUGCACCAUUAGCUUCGUUCACUUGUGGUUGGGUCAAUUUUCUUGGGAACGUUGCAGGGGAUGCUGCAUUUUCAUCCGGUUUUGCUACGAUUAUUAAUGCUACGGUUGUUCUCCAGGGGAAUAAUUCGCUGAGUAUAGGUACUGAAGUAGGCAUUGGUAUAGGAGUUACUUUUGUAUGGGCUGCUCUAAAUGCGUUGCGUAUCGAUCAACAAGGCUGGCUCAAUAAUCUUGCUGCUGUGUUUCAAAUUGGUUCGACCAUUAGCAUUGUUAUCGUUCUUCUUGUUGUGGCACCUACACGAGCUACAGCUCAUCACGUUUUUACAUCUACAUACAAUAGUACUGGAUUUCCAUUUGCAUAUGUGUGCUUGAUUGGUAUUCUUUCAACACUAUUUUCAUUUUCGGGCUAUGAAGGUAAUCAUUGUAGAUUUGAAUCUAUAUUCACUAUCAUGCUUGCAUUUUUAAGCUGGUGCUCAUUUGUCCGAAGAAACUAGACAUGCUGGGCGUGCAGGUGAGUAAAAAAUCUCAAAGAAAGCGAUUGUUCCAGAUGAGUGCAUAUAAAUCGGCAAGUUCUUCUCGUUUUUCAGCUCCAAAAGGAAUCGUAGGCACUUGUGUAUGUGGUUCAAUCACCGGCUUUUCUUACAUACUUGCUCUACUUUUUGCUAUUCCGGAUGUGGGGUCAUUUGUGACGAACAACAGUGGUAACGAUGCUGUGCCAAAUCUGGCCAUUGCUACCUAUCAGCUUGUUUUAUCGCAUCAAGGUGCACUUGCAUUAACGAUUCUAGUCAUUCUCAAUUUGUUCUUUGCCGGCAUCUCAGGAUUAACAGUGACCAGUCGAAUUGGGUAUGGAUUAGUUAUUCAUUUUUUUAUCGGUUUUGUUAACUAACAAUAUGUCAUUGAUUCUAGCUUUGCCAUGGCUCGUGAUAGUGUAUUUCCGUUCUCGACCUAUCUUCGUUUGAUAUUCAAGCUGACGAAAACCCCAUUAAUCAAUGUGCUUUUUAUUUUCGUUCUCGAUUCUCUUCUUCUUCUACUUCAAUUAGUAUCGACAACUGCUUUCAGUGCUCUCAUCUCCAUUGCGACAAUCGGUUAUCAAGCAUCCUAUUUUAUGCCUAUUUGCUUUCGAUGUACAACUGCUCGACGCAGUUUUGUGCCUGGUGAAUUCAGUUUGGGCCCAUUCAGUUUACCUGUUGCUAUAAUCUCAUCCAUAUGGCUUUUUAUCACAACGAUAUUCAUGUUCUUUCCCGCCCAAUAUCCAGUUACAAGUGGUAAUAUGAAUUAUGCUGUAGUAGUCGUCGGUGGCUUAGCAUUUAUUGUGGCAACCUAUUGGAUUCUUUUUGCUCGUCAUUGGUUUCUAGGUCCAAAAAGAACGCAAAUGGAUUCUGUUGACUUAUCGCCACACCAAGAAUCCACGAACGACAAUGUGAAGCCGUUGUCAUCGCCCAGUAUCAUUAAUAUUCGAUUGUGAGUGUCACUGCAAUUUCCAAAUGUAUUUUAGCAGUUAUCGUGAAAAAAAAUUCUAUUUGCUCAGAAAUUAGACAUAGGAAAAAGCAAAUUCAUAUGUCACUUUUUUCGAUAAUAUACCAUAGAAACCUUUUAUGAUUUUUCUUAAGCUACUAUGCAAUGCUCGUUGAAUGCAAAACGUGACAAGACAUCAAUGGCUCGAAUGAGACACUCUCAGAUGUGUCUCAUUGCAAUCAGGAUAUCUAUAGGUACAUGUAUCACCUACACUUAGUUUAUUCGAAAAAUUUUUAGUCCAUCUUGGCUAAUCAUUCACAUUAUCAACUCAAAAAGGAUUUGUUUUAUCUUGGUAGAGAGAAGAAUCAGUCGAUUUGUUCUAUUCUAAAUGGUAUCUGCAAACCGAGUCGCAGAUCUGAUCGUUCAUUUCUGGUCUAGCAAGAAAGAUUCGUCAGAUGAUAUGAAUAUUGCCUUGACCAGAAGGGUGCAGGUAGGUGUGGAUGUGGGUCUUCUAUUCUGCUACACCCACACUCACACCCACACCCACACCCACACCCACACCCACAUCCACCCACACGCCCACACCCACACCCACACACCCGAUCCGAAGUCCUCUAGUUGUACCCAUGACCGACCUGACCCGAGAAAUUUGAUUUAUUUAUUUGAUUGUGGUUUAUGACAUUUUGUAUAUUAUCCAAUUUGAAGCAGUUUUUGACGGUUUUGUUUUGGAUCCAUUUUAAAAAAUAAGCAAAACAAAAGUAUUGAAUCUGACAAAAAAAUACUGACUACUGACAAAGACAGUCUACACUAUGCGAUUUAAUACCGAAUUGAGGAAUCUAAUUUGUAUUUCAAAGUAGUAACAUUAAUCAGGUUCCUUUAUUUCGUAUAAAAUUGCAUAAUGUUGGUACCAUUCCUCGGCUUGAUGAAUGAUCGAAUGAACAUUAAAUAUAUGCGUUGUCAGGAGCUACAUGUUUUGCGUCUUUUUUUUUCUAAAUUAAUAUCGAGAAUCUUCGAGUCUCAAUAGAAUAAAAAGACUAAGUAAAUGUUCAUUUGUCUAGCAUAGGUCGAAGUUUUGAGACUUGAGGGAUCCCCUCAGAAACGAUAUCUCACCUAAGACGGACCAUUUGGGCUGAAAGUUUCAGGAACAAGUGAUCCUGGUGAGACAUACUUGUGAUAAAAAUUUCAGCUC